AUGGGGGAUCUAGAUGAAACUCAGCAGAAUCCAUUGUUGAGAGAAUCCGAAUCAGAGAGAGGUCACGAAGAAUUCAACGGAGCUUCUUUUAGUGGAGCGGUUUUCAAUCUCGCAACAACAAUCAUCGGUGCUGGUAUCAUGGCUUUACCUGCAACAAUGAAGAUCCUCGGACUUAUUCCCGGUAUCGCAACCAUCGUUCUCGUCGCUUUCUUGACCGAUGCAACGAUUGAAUUCUUGCUCAGGUUUAGUACAAUCGGGAAGCAGAGAUCUUACGGUGGUUUAAUGGAAGAUUCUUUUGGUAAACCCGGAAGGAUUAUGUUGCAAGUUGCUGUUCUUGUUAGCAACAUUGGUGUUUUGAUCGUUUACAUGAUCAUUAUCGGUGAUGUUUUGGCUGGAAAGAAUGAAUAUGGAAUCCACCAUGCUGGUAUGCUUGAAGGAUGGUUCGGAGAAAAUUGGUGGAACAGGAGAGCUUUUGUUCUUCUCAUUACUACUCUCUUUGUCUUUGCUCCAUUGACCUGCUUCAAACGGAUAGAUUCUUUGAGAUUCACAUCUGCUAUAUCUGUUGCUCUAGCGGUUGUUUUUCUUGUCAUCACUGCGGGAAUUGUAAUCAUAAAGUUGUUCAGUGAUGGUUUGAUGAUGCCAAGACUUCUACCAGAUCUCACUGACUUGGCCUCCUUCUGGAAACUCUUCACGGUUGUUCCCGUGCUUGUCAAUGCGUACAUUUGUCAUUAUAACGUUCACAACAUACAGAACGAGCUUGAAGACCCUACUCAGAUCAAACCUGUUGUUCGAUCAGCACUUAUGAUGUGCUCUUCUGUUUACGUAAUGACAAGCUUAUUCGGAUACCUCUUAUUUGGUGAAUCUACACUUGAUGAUGUUCUUGCAAACUUUGAUACCGACCUUGGAAUCCCACUUGGUUCGGUACUAAAUGAUGCAGUCAGAUUCAGCUAUGCAGCUCAUCUCAUGCUUGUGUUCCCCGUUGUCUUUUACCCUCUGCGCGUUAACAUCGAUGGUCUCUUAUUCCCUACGGCUCCAUCGCUUACUUCCUCUAAUCUGAGGUUUGGCUCUAUCACUGCCGGUCUCAUUGCAGUAAUCUUUGUGGGUGCAAACUUCAUACCAAGCAUUUGGGAUGCUUUCCAAUUUACUGGAGCAACCGCUUCUGUCUGCCUCGGUUUCAUAUUCCCCUCUGCUGUUAUCUUAAAGGAUCGUCAUAACCGAGCAACAAACAAAGACAGGACUAUAGCCAUUUCCAUGAUUGUUCUUGCGGUAUUCUCCAAUGCAAUCGCCAUUUACAGUGACGCAUACGCCUUAUUCAAGAAGAACAAGUCCAUAUUUCCAAUAUGA